AUGGCGGCGGGGGCGGCCGCCGCGGCGCUGGGCCGGGAGGGCGGGGAGGACGCCUUCCGACGGCUCUUUCGCUUCUACCGGCAGCGCGACGGCUCCGACCUGCGCGGCGUGGUGGAUUUCUCCGCGCCGGGGGGGCAGGUGUUCAGAUCGCAUCUCAGUAUUUCUUCAGUCAGUGACCAAGAUGCUUCCAGAGCAGGAUUACAGCCAGUUAGCCGGUGGAAAGCCUAUGGCCUCAAUGGUUAUCCAGGGUUUAUUUUCAUACGAAACCCUUUCCUUCCGGGCUGCCAGCGUCACUGGGUGAAACAGUGUCUCAAGCUAUACACCCAGAAACCCAAUGUCUGCAACCUGGACCUGCACAUGGCUCCUGAGAAGACCAUUGAUCUGUGGGGGCAGAGCAAGGAGCAGCUGAGGAGGAAAGGUUCCAGUAAAUGUGAGCCCAGAAGCUUACUGGAGAAGUUGCGCUGGGUGACCCUCGGUUACCAUUAUAAUUGGGAUACCAAGAAGUACACAGCAAAUCACCACACUCCUUUCCCCUCAGACCUCGCAUUCUUGUCAGAACAAGUGGCUGCAGCCUGCGGGUUCCAGGGUUUCCAAGCCCAAGCGGGGAUCUUGAACUACUAUCACUUUGAUUCUUCGCUGGGAAUUCACGUGGACGAGUCUGAACUAGACCAUUCUCGGCCCCUUUUAUCAUUCAGUUUUGGGCAGUCCUCCAUAUUUUUGCUUGGGGGCCUGAAGCGGGAGGAGGCCCCGACAGCUAUGUUCAUGCACAGUGGCGAUAUUAUGGUGAUGUCUGGCUUCAGCCGUCUGCUGCACCAUGCUGUCCCCCGUGUCCUUCCCAACCCCGAAGGGACAGCUUUGCCUUCGUGCCUGGACCAAGCACUUUCUUCAGACCUUCCUGCUGGCUCGGUCAUUGAGCACAGCUCUGAUGAGGACUGGCAGGUCUGUGCCAAGUACUUGCAGUCGUCCCGCAUUAACAUGACUAUUCGGCAGGUGUUGGCUGAGGGUCAGAAAUUUCCAGAGGAGUCUGGAACAGACAUAAAAGGUCAAGCACCCUCUGAAGAUGGUCACCAUCAGGAGAACAACAGAGCCAAGAGACAUAAACCAAAUACUGACAGCUGAGACCAGGAGACUGUGUUGGCGUGGACUGAAUGGGCAACCUCUGUCUGGAGUUGGGAACUAAUACGAUCAUAGUCACCCGUCUGUAUGGGCUUCAAGAAACAUCUGCAGAAUCAAUGCUGUCCUUCUUGCUGUAAGAAAUAAGUUGGGAGAGGAAGGGAGAGAACUUAAUCAGAAAAGAGGGAUACAUUUAGGACUGGGACACGGGAGAUGAACUCUGUUGAAGUUCUGUUGCAGGUGUUCAUUGUACUUGGUUCCCUUUAUGUAUUCUCUAUUAUUUUCUGACCUGUAUGUUGGAAUUUCAAGCUUGGUUCAGUGAUGCUCAUAAAAUAUUUUGAAAUCAUUGGGCAGAAAGUGACAGCAAAAGGUACAAUUGGUAUGCAUUAAAGAAGCCCACUGGCCUAGUAAAGCUCACCUGAAGUGCGUUAAUGAGGGUGAGGGAGAGCAGGUUGCUGUGAAACCUACCUGCAGCACUUUGAAGAGAAUUAUCUCUACAGCAAAAGCUGGUUCAGUGAUCAGAAACUAGCAGCUCCCCUGAGCACCACAUACUCUAAGUUUGCUGUAGCUCUGUGCUGUCCUUUUGCCUGCUUGCACCCCCCUCAGCUGCAGCAGACACUGGUUUUGAGUGAAUCUGGACUUUUUGCGUAUUUCAAAUUUUAAAGGGAAAUGAUAUGAGGCAAUAUUUGCUCAGAACACCUGGUAAUUCCAUUUGGGUCUCCUCCCAACAGUUAGUAUGUGACUGAGCCCUACAUCCUCAUUCUUACAAAAGUGCCCCCUCUAAGUGCCUGCUGAUUAUGGUCCUGCAGUCCCAAGCUAGCGUCUUUAAGGAACAAUGACUUGCAAGUUGAAGCAAUGAAGUUGUAAAUUGAAUACCUAAAAAAGAAAUUAAUCACUGACUAUCUCCGUCACCCAAAGAUAAAAACACUGAAACAAAGGAAAGAACUGGCUUUUGUGCCCAUUCUCUUUAAGACUCAGACCUUCCUAUCUGCUUUUUAAUGCAAUUUUAAUUGUUGGUGUGGAAUGCUCUAUCCCUGGGGUAUUUUGUUGCACUUUCCCAAUGAAUAAACUUACUCAGUUUUUAAAUUAAA